AUGCAGUGGCUAAUGCCCUGCCUCGUUGUCGAAGACGCAACGCCACUACCACCGCCCUCGACGCAUGCCACCACGCGCCGUGAGCGCUUAUCAAUAAGCGAGCUCGCGGCCGUGUUUGGGUAUUGGGCCGACAACACAUCGGUUUUCGUGUCCGAUACCCGCAAAGAUCAGGAGCCCGUCGCUCCCACCACUCGAAUCUGCGGAACGGGAGGCCAAAUCGGGCCUCACCGAGGCCGACCGGCAGCGUCGCACGAGGAGCGGGGUGGUAGGCCGCGUGCACAAUUGGCCAAACGGCCGAAGGAAAUUACGCCCUCACCUAUUUGGGCCAUAGAGAAGGGGCCAGGACGAGCGAGCAUUCUCCAGCACAAAGGUUCCAACCAAUGCUUCCAAUACAAAUGUGCUAAAGUAAACUCUACCGGCGAUCAUAGUUUAGAUGAUCACGUAAAGAAUAUAUGUUCGAAAAAGAAAAGAAAGUCAAAUAGUUCUUCGAAGCGUCAAAAAAAGAGUCAUAAAACAUCGUCCAAGAAGUCUGAAAAGAUAUACAAGUGUUUAUUGUGCGACAAACGAUUUACUCGUAAAAAGGAUAUGCAACACCAUAUAAGGCACAAUUGUGUAAAAAAUAUCGAUAAAAUAGAGUCGAAUGAACCUGAAAAAAUAUUCAAAUGUAUGAUGUGUGACAAGAGAUAUAUGAAAAAGAAGGAUAUGCAACACCAUAUAAAAUACGAGUGUCAAAUAGGACCUGACGAUUCUGAAAAAAUAUUCAAGUGCAUGAUGUGCGAUAAAAAUUGUACACAAAAGAAAGAUCUACAGCAUCAUAUAUUAUACGAAUGUCAAGCGAAUAUUGAUGAAGCGGCAUCAGAUGAUGAGAAUUCUGAAAAACUAUUCAAGUUCGAAGAAAUCGCCGAGAUGUUGAUAUCGCAAUUCGAGAACUUUGUCGAAGUAGACCAUAUAGAAGAAGUGAUGCUGAAAACAAAGGCAUACGAGCCAAGAUUCGAGACAAUUAGUCAGCCUCCAGUCGUGCUGCCACCGCGGGUUCCUGCAGGUCGUCUUCCAAAAUAUCGCCAGAAGCAAUAUUAUUGCUCAAAAUGCCAUCGCGGCUUCACGCUCAAGAGUAAUCUAAAUCGCCAUUUUAAUUUAGAAUGUGGAUUCAAACCACGUUUCAAAUGCCCAUACUGCGAGUUGAGAAGCAAGCAAACUUCGCAAAUUUAUUUGCAUAUUAGAAACCGACAUCCCGGACACGAAGUUUACUAUGACACUAUUGAAGAGAAGGAACAACCGUGUAAACAUCAAGUAUAA